UGAAUCAUCAUCAGCACUACGACUCGCUACUAGCAGGUGAACCACAGGACUGCAAGUGGUGAUUCUAAACACUUUUCUGGAAUUUUAAUUACAUUGGCUCGGUUCUUUACGGCAGGUGAUAGCAUUUUACAGUUCUCAGACCGUGACGCUGACCCAAGGAGGCUGUGUGAUGAACAAGCUACGCCAGAGUUUCCGGAGGAAGAAAGACGUGUACGUGCCUGAGUCCAGCCGGCCGCACCAGUGGCAGACGGACGAGGAGGCCGUCCGCACGGGCAAGUGCAGCUUCGCUGUCAAGUACCUGGGCCAUGUGGAGGUGGAGGAGUCCAGAGGGAUGCACAUCUGUGAGGAUGCUGUGAAGAGGCUGAAGACGGACAGGAAAUUCUUCAAGGGCUUCUUUACAAAAGCAGGGAAGAAGGCUGUGAGGGCGGUGCUGUGGGUGUCUGCAGAUGGCCUCCGUGUUGUUGAUGACAAAACAAAGGACCUGAUCCUGGACCAGACCAUAGAGAAGGUGUCGUUCUGCGCUCCGGACCGUAACUUUGAGCGUGCGUUCUCCUACAUCUGCAGGGACGGCACCACCCGCCGCUGGAUCUGUCACUGCUUCAUGGCCAUCAAAGACUCCGGAGAGCGUCUGAGCCAUGCCGUGGGCUGUGCCUUCGCCGCCUGUCUGGAGCGCAAGCAGAAAAGGGAGAAGGAGUGCGGCGUCACGGCAACCUUCGACGCCAACAGAACCACCUUCACCCGCGAGGGCUCCUUCCGCGUCACCACGGCGACAGAGGCGGCCGAGCGGGAGGAAGUGAUGAGACAGCUGCAGGAGAAGAAAGCCGAGACGGACGUCAAGACGUCACUUCCUGUGAGCUCGGCCCCGAGCGUGCCCCCCUCCUCGGCCCCCCUCCAGGGGCCCCCCUCCCCCUCCUCGUCUCCCCCCCUGUCCGCGCAUGGCCUCGGGCCCCAGGCCAUCCCCCGCAGGCACGCCCCUGUGGAGGCGCUGGCCCGCCAGGGCUCGUUCCGAGGCUUCCCGGCGCUCAGCCAGAAGACCUCGCCCUUCAAGCGCCAAAUGUCACUGCGCAUCGGCGAGCUGCCAUCCACUAUGCAGCGCAAGUCUGACUUCCCCAUGAAGAACACAGUGCCGGAGAUGGAGGGCGAGAGCGACAGCAUCAGCUCUCUGUGCACCCAGAUCACCUCCGCGUUCAGCGGGCCGCCCGAAGACCCUUUCUCCUCAGCGCCCAUGCCCAGACCUGCCACCUCGCCCCAGUCUCCCGUCGCCCCAGUGAGUGGAACAGCGCCUGCCUUCCCUGUUGCUGCUGUAGCUAACCCCCCUGCAAUGCCCCCUCCACUGCCUGCCCGAGACACUAACCCCUGGGCCAAGAUCCCAGCGGGGGCCCCUGCCUCGGCCCACCCAGCCGCAGGAGGUGAUUGGACGAGCCCGGUGAUCGUGGCCUCGUCCCCCUCGUCCUCGCCCGCACUGCCCUCCCACAGACGCACGCCGUCAGAGGCCGACCGCUGGCUGGAGGAAGUCACAAAGUCAGUCCGUGCCCCCCAGCCUUCCCCCCUACUGACCCCAGCCCCACCUGCCCCCCAGCACUCACCCCUCCUGGCUCCAGCCCACCACGCCACCCAGCCCUUCCCCACCCCCGUGAUGACAGCCCCCACCCAGGUGGCCUUCAUGCCCUCCGCGGUGCCCCUGGUGCCUCCCCGCCAGCCCGUCUACCACCCCCAACCUCCGGGUCCUUACCCCAUGUCCAACGGGCUGGCCUAUGCCCAGCCCAGUGUACCCGUGGUGGGCAUCACUCCCUCCCAGAUGGUGGCCAACGUGUUCGGCUCGGCCACGCAUCCCCAGCCCUACCCUCCCCCCCCGGCCUCGUUACCCACGUACGACGGCCUCGCUCCCUGCCACCUCAGCCCCUUCACCAAGCCCCUCCCACCUUCCGCCGUCAUCUCCAGCCCCUUCCAGCCUCCCAACGGCAGUGUAGCCUUCAACGGCGCCGAGAGCUGGGCCUCCACCGCUCCCCAGGCCCCUGCACCCUGCCCCGCGGCCCCGCCCCAGGCCGACGCCUUCGAGGCGCAGUGGGCCGCCCUGGAGAGCCGCUCCCGCCAGCGCACCACGCCCUCACCCACAAACCCCUUUUCAAGCGAGCUGCACAAGACCUUCGAGAUCCAGCUAUAGAGACUGACAGCGUUGAGGAGGGGGAGGGGGGGGGGGGAGGAGGGAGGAUGGGAGAGGGGGAGGGGGGGGAGGAGGAGGAGAGGCAAACCCUGACCUCCCUCCCUCCUUCUCUUCUUGGUCUGGAAGGACAACCUGAGCAGAGAGGAGGAGGAGGUGAGGAGGGAGAGGAGAGGAGGGUGUGUCCUCUGCUGUGUAUCUCCAGGAUGAAGAGAACGAGCUGCGUCGCUCCUGGCGUGUCAUUGUCAUCUCCUCCCUCGUGGUUGUUAUUCAGCUCUGGGCUGGCGUUGUCAUGACCCUAAGGGAACCCCGUUCCAUCUUUGGAGACACCCCACCAUCUCCACGCCCCGCAGCUGCUCCCCUGGCCUCCAGGUGCUGCUCACAGCGCCCCCUGCUGGCUGGAGGGGGACUUCUCAGCCACCUGUCAGGACUGCAGCACUGUAGAGAACUGAGCUUCCAGACGACAAGCUCUCCUUCACCUUCAAAAUCAGAAGGAGAAGAGAGAGAGAAUGCCAAAAUCUUUAUUUUUAUGCAUUAAGUAUAUUUUAAAUAGCUUUGGAAUCUUAACAGAAGAGUUGUAAGUAAUCUUGCCAAAGGCACAGGCUAGCUACAAUGAAAUGAGUGUAUGUGUGUGCGUACAAGAGAAAUUACAAUAUAUUAGACAUGAAUAUAUAUAUAUAUAUAUGUAUAUAUAUCUAUAAAGAAUCUAUACUGUACACACAGCUCAUGACAGUGCUGAUUUGUAAUGUGAUGUAAAGAGAGAUCGAGUGAAGGGACAGCUGUUUUACUUUUUUUUUUAUCUGUAUUUUUCCUUUGUUUGGGUCCGGUGAUUGGAUGUGCAUGUCACUGUAAAUAGGUUAUCAUUGCUGAAACAAUCACUGUGGAGCCAGCCUCGACUACCACUGAUCUCUCCUUUCAUACCGUGGAUUUUAUUGUUUUUACUGGUGUAGUACUUUUCAGUACUCACUGAAUUGUACCCCCUGCACCUCAUCUUAAUUUUUCUUUUUGUGCGUCAACCUUUUUUUAUAUUUUAACAGUGUCAUCUGCCAUUUUCCCAUUUCAUAGCGUUAUUUGUAUUUAAUUUUUUUGCAUUACAUUAGUUGAUCCUUUGGUUUUGCACAAGCACUAAAGUAGUGGAUGAUUUGGCCACACAGGUGAUAAUGAUGACCAGUGGUUUGUGUGGAUCUGAGGCAUCGGUGGAAGGAGAGGAGGAUAUUCAUUUGUUGAUCUCACUCUAAUCUGUCAAUCUUUUUUUUAAUCAAACCUGUGAAUAUGAUCUAUUCUCUGAUCUAGUUUUUCUCCAUUUUGUAAUUAUUUCAUUACUUUAUUCCAUCUCUUUUAAAAAAUAUUGAAGCUAAAAAGAUUGAAUAAAUUGAUGGUGGUAGAGGAAAA